AUGAUGAAGAUGAACCGUGUGAUUUGUGUGUUGGCCGUUCUGCUGUGCAUCGCCUGCGGGUAUGCCAUGGUGGCUUCUGGUGCUGAGGUUAAAAAAAGUGAGAACAUUUUGGUCCCAGAAAAACGAGAGACGCAAGUACAAGAACCAGGACCAGAGGGGGAUCUUGAGCGGCCAGAGGUUGGGGAAGAUGGUAACCUAAAGGAAGAGGAAGAUGAAAAGCAAGAUGAUGAGAAUGAAGCACUUCCAGGACCAGAUGAGGAGCAAACGCAUCCAGAUGCAGGAUUACCUCCUGCAGAAAAGCCAAACCCAGAUGAUACCGAACAGGGUGAUGGAGAAGAAACCGGCCCAGGAACGCCUGGCACUGGAGGUGAGGAUGAGGGGGAAGAAGAUGAUGAUAACACCCAGGAUCCUACCGCAAAACCCGAUCAACCUGAGCAACCCGAGGAUGGCAAGGAUGAGGAGAAUGACAAGGAAGAGAAUGACAAACCAUCAACACAAGAACCCACUUCCACUAAUGCACCAAGCAAC